UAAAAUUAUGACGGGGACCAAUUGUCCGCAUACGACAUUUUUUCACGGGGACCAAUUGUCCUAGAUCCAUCAGUUGUGUAACUAGUAUAUCUGUAAUCGUGAUUUGAAGUAAGCAAGCACCACGGACUAAGAUAAGACAAGCACUAAUCAUCCAAAUCGUUUUAAUUGAUAUUUUAAAGGCGUUAUUCAAUGUAGAAAGCCUUCCAGUAUAUUAUAUUAACCUGACAACAAAUGUUCUAAUAUACCAACCAAAAUAAUUUUUUGCAUGCAUUCCUACUAUUGAGCAUACAUUUGUACUGAUUUGUAAUGGAUGUACAAAGUACUGAGCUAAAAUGUUCCUUGUGUAAAUCCGAAGUAUAUGAUUAUUGUCCAGAGUUUGUUGAGCAAUUGAAGACAAAAUAUGGCCACUUAAAAGAUUUUCAAUUAUUUUAUAUUAACUUCAAAAAAAAUCCAGAUUCAGUUUGUGACCUGUGUCCAACAUGUAGAAUCAACACAUGGCGUGAUAAAUAUACAAAUUGUCCUCAAGUGAGACCACAUGCCCGGACCACGAAUGCUCCAAAAAAAAACUGGUCUAACAUCAUCCUGAUCAUUAUAACGUUUUUAGCAUUUGUGCUUGGGUCAUAUUGGCAAACACUAAAUAUAUAUUAUAACACUGAAUAUUUGACCGAUUUGAGUGAAGCUCAAUUAAAGUCCACAAUGGAAUUAUUAGAGAAUCAAUUACCAUUGUUAGAGCAGCAGCAGAGCAUAUUAAAAAAACUAAAUGGUGCUUUUUCACGGCUUCGAAAGCCAGGUGAACCAAUUAUUUUCAUGCUGUUACAUGAUGAUGCAAACAAAAAGACUACUGACUGUUUAGCAUCGCAUGCAAGCAUUUCGGCCAAAAAAUAUAUAUUCAAAAACUCUUCAAAAAGCUUGUGGAUUGAUGGGUCAGAAUGGACUAGUUAUACGGACUUAAAUCAAGAUCACUUGCUGUACGAAAAGUUGGCUACGUCACUUGAGAAAAACGAAGUGCUGGUGUUUGAAAACUUGCAAGAUUUACCGUGGUCGUUGGCUAAGACGCUGCACCACCUAUGUGACACUGAAAAUCCAAAAUUUGCAAAAGCCAUGUACAUACUGGAACUUAAGGUAAUGGAUAAUCUGAAACAGCUGUCUGACGGUGAAAAAAUAGUAAUGGCUGAGCGGGCCAUGAACAAGGUAUGGCAAAACGCGCCAAAAGAGUACAGAGAGGCUCUGAUUUCCCGGCUCACAUCAUACGUGGACACAGUACUGUGGGAAUCAGACCAGCCAUGUAAUAGAGAAUCUUUCAUCAGGAUAUCACCCUGAACACAAUAUCUUCAGCAAAAUCCAUGAUAUGCUGACAAAUGAUCCACUUUUCCGCUGUGCUCUUAUAAUAUUUUUACAUUUUAACUGCAGAUUUUAUACAUAUCUACCCGAGGAGACAGAUGCAGUUAUGUUUUUUAUUCUAUAUUCUAUAUAUAUAUUUAUCACCAUAAUACCCAUUUAUAAUAAUAAUAUAUAUUAUGUAUUACCUUAAUAUAAGAUGAUAUAUUAUUUUAUUAUGCAUUAAGAAUAAAUAAGAAAAUUCAAUAUAAUUUAUAAGACUGUGCAAAUAAUUGAUUUUAUUUUUUAUUUGACUAAAAGACAUAAAAAAAAUAAUAAAAAGACAAGUAACGACAUAUUAUUGUCAUAAAUUUUAUUUUAUUUGUGUGUAUAUUUUCAAUAAUAUUUUUUAUAGAAAAAUAAUUACAAUCCAUGAUAGAAAAUAAAAUUAGGCUAGAGCACAGUGUAUAUCAUUUAUGUUUUCACUGAUAUACUCAACAUAAAACCCAUAUUUUAGUAUGAAUAUGAUUGCAUGGACCAUUAACCAGUAGUCAAGGAUGCUAAGACAGAAUUUAAUUGAGGUAAAUGCCAGAGCUAAUUAUAGAGUGCAGGGUAGAGGACUUAAACUUCGAUAACACAAUAUAUCUAGAUAGAAUUCUGAUAAAUUGUUUUCUAUUUUUCAAAUACUCACAAUUAGUGUAGUCCAAUGUAACUACGCAAGCAUACCUUAAUUUCGCUACAAUAAUUAAUUUUCAAAAAAUUAUUUAUAAUAUAAUUUUUUUUUUUAAAGUAAAUCUUUAUUCCGUAUUUAUUUUAUUGUUAAGUUUAUUUAUAUAUUAGGUUUUGAAUGUUUUAUGCAAGUUCAAUUAAAAUAAAUACAUCUUUAUUUUUUUAUUGCAA